UCAAACAGUGAAGUUUCCACUGGCGCGUGAGGGAGAGGGGAGACGUCACGCCAUGAAUAAACAUAAAAUUAAAUAAAAUCACAAUAAAAGUGCGUUUCAGUCAAACGCAACAUAACGCAGCGGUUCUCUGUGAAGGAUUUCUUCAAUGCAUAGUUAUUGAUAAUUAUGUAAUCAAUGGAAAUCAUAAACGCACGAUAGAAACACAAGCUUUGAAUCAAUGCUUUGAAGAAACUGGAUCUUGGAGAGUGGCUGUCCAGUCUUCAUACAUCAGUGCUGAUUCUGGCAACUUCAGAGUGAAGAUUUUUUUUAAAAAUCAAAUGGUCUCUGACAAUCACUUUUAAGCAAUUUCUAAGCAACGAUCCUAAAUCAGAGGCCCUUGCUUUUAAAUUUACAUUUAAGGCUAAGACUAAAGACUUCCACCCUAAUAUUUGCAAGAGAUGUUAAGAAGGCCGUAGGUCCCUAUAUCACUGAAAUAACUUUGAAGAAAUAGUCUAAUUCAUCAUGCAUCUGGAGGUGAAGGUUGCGUUGAACUUUAUCGUGUCGUAUUUGUACAACAAGCUCCCGCGCCGCAGGGCUGAUCUGUUUGGCGAGGAGUUGGAGCGUAUCCUGGUGUCCCGUUUCAAAGGUCACUGGUACCCCGAGGCUCCUUUACGUGGUUCAGCCUUCCGCUGCCUCCAUCUGGGGGCUCCCAGGGACCCCGUGGUGGAGCUGGCAGCCAGGAGAAGUGGUCUGGACACAGAGGAGGUCCGAGCCAACGUUCCCCCCGAGCUCAGCAUUUGGAUUGACCCUUACGAAGUGUCCUACCAGAUUGGGGAAAAGGGUGCAGUGAAAGUCCUCUACAUGGAGAAUCCGGCAAGUUUAGCUGGUGACGCCGAGAGGUCUGACAUCAUGCUCAAAGGAGACAUAGAGUUUGAGGAAGUCAAGAAUCUGGGCUUUAACCCAGAGGCUCAGGUGUUUGUUCCCAUUGGUGGCCAGGUGUCGCCAGUCAUGCUACCAUCGCUCUCCAGUUCGCCGACCCCACUUUCUACCUCAUCUUGCCCAGGGCUGUUCAGUUAUGCCGCUCCCAGCACUCCCACCAACCCCAGCACUCAUUCCUCCAACACCUCCACCCCGUCGCCGCCAAGCGCCAGCCUCAUUUACCCUCCGUCCAGCUCCCGUCCCACACCUCAGCCAAUCACCUUCACCACAGCCAGCUUCGCCGCCACCAAAUUUGGCUCCACAAAGAUGAAGAAGUGUGGGAACCCUGGAGUUCCCUCCGGUUCUGGCGUCGUCGUGGCUCCCCAGCAGAGGAUGAUCACCCGCUCACCCAACACUAUCUCCCCACCAGGGCUGGUCAAGCACAAACCCCUUUCCCUCUCCAUGCACUCUCUGGCUGGACCCAUCCCAAGCCAACUGUCUCCUAAUGCCAAAGAGUUUGUGUUUCCCGUUUCCCAGAGGCCGGUCUACUUCGAUGCAGAAGUUGCGCCAAUGAACCCGUUCCAGGCUCCGCACCCACAUGCUUCGUUCGAUCCAUUCUCCAGCCCCCCACCAGGCCAGGCUGUGGGAAUUGUUGGGGGCAACAGUGGCAUUUCCUUCAUGGAUAAACCUCCAUUUGUGGAAGGACUUGGAUACAACCUGCAGUACUCUGGCCAGGCCUUUCAACCUGUGGUGUUGGCCAACUAAAGUCUCAGAGUUGAAGAGAUCCCAAUGCUGAAAGACUUUCCUUGGACACUUUUUUUUUUUUUUUUUUUUUUUUUUUUUUUCUUUUCCUUCAUGAAUCAUUGUUACUACCACCAUGACAAAUCAAGAGUAUUAUGACUACUAAUUGAGUAUUACUUGUGAUUGCUACUUUACCAUCCAUUUGUUUGUUUCAUGAUGUUGUUUUAUUAUUAGUUGGAGUAACCAUCCUCCUGUUGCACAGGUGUUUUUGCAUUUGUUGUUUUUCAGUAAUGAGUCACUUGAUUAUGGUGUCCCAAAUGUUUGUCUACAUAAUGUGGUGAUUUCUGCUGUGACUAAUGUUAAUUUUUAAAAUUGAUUCUGGGAAAAAAAAAGCUAAUAUUCUUAUGGAAGAUUCUAGAUGCUAAAAAGGGAUUUUUGGGAUGGUGUUAUGUUCAGAAAUAAGACUCUCUGGAGAUAACAGCCAUGUUCAGUCGCACCUCAAUGGUCAUAAUUGAGGAUUUAUGGUAAUUUUAUGACAUGUUCUCUGAACUGAUAUGCAUCUUGAGCACAUGACUAGCACAUUCUGUAUGUUGGCUCAACUUUAGGAUUCUCCUUUUCAGUUUGAAUGCAUCAAGCCAAAUCCUGAUGAAACCAGCCAGUGUUUGAACCCUUUUCUAGUGUCGUCAAGAGUCAGAUUGAGGAUUGAUGCACAUUCUCAAAGAUCUCGUAAAUUCAGACACAGAAGAACAGACAGAAUGAUUUGGAGGAUUGUUGUGCAGGUCUGAUUGGUUUCGCUCUUGGUUUUCAGUCAGAAGUACAGCAGAGGAGGUUUUGAUUAAACCGCUGUAUGUCUUUGAAGGGAUGGGGCACGAGAUAAAAGCUCAUUGGUGCAGAGAUCCUCAGAUUAGCUUUCCAGCAUGUUGAAUUUAACGCACUCUUAUUUUUAUAUGUUCCAGAAGUCAUAAAUCGUGGUUCGGAAGAGAUCAUACCCUGAAAAUUGCACUUUGUUUUCUCCGCUCUAGGACUAUGAAUGUUACCUCAUAUAUUCUGACUGCAGUGGCUGUGUUUUGUUAACCGUUUUAUUGUGCUAGGAUGGAGACUGGUGUUCUAGAAUUUUCUUGAAGGUAGGAGCCUUAUGACGGCUUCCUUUUAUGACAUCACUUCCCCCUCAGCGUUCCGUCCCAUCCUGGCGCGUUGCACUUUAUGCAUCGGGCCUUUGGAAACUCCCGUAAUGCCUCACGAUAAACUCUAUAUGCUAGAUGCUAAAGGUCCUUUACUUGCCCUUUAAUGCCAAUUAUGUCUGAACUAUAGCUUGGUAAUGUAGUUUAAAGAUUGUAUUAAAAAAUGGAGGGGUUUGGGUGAGACUGUAUACGUCCUGACCCUCUUGUGACGUCCCUCCCUGACAUUGAAAUGUGAACGUUAGCUUCAAAUAUUUCAAUCGUUCCAUUGAUUUCAUUUGGGGUGGGUGGGGUUUAGAUUUCUCUAUAAAUGCUAUGACUGGGUGUAUUUUUACAUUUGUUUGUAAUUUAUUUACAAUUUUUCUAUAUUUUUUUUGUUUUUUCAAAAGAGUUCUCUAUGGCAUUUAUAAAGCAAAUUAAGAGAUAUAUACGAUGAUGACAUGAAUAUGUAUAUAUUUCUUAUGUUUGAGAUCUUUUGUUUAGUUUCUUACGUGCUGAAGUUAUUUUUUCAGAAAUAACUAUAUGAAUAUAAAAAUAUGCAAGAUGAAAUGACUAAUAAAAUGUUUAACAAAGUG